CCUGCGCAUCUCUCGAAUCAACCAGUGGCGGCGCGGCAUUGGCUUAUCGCCGGUAUCGCGAGUUUGGCGCGCUGGAGUCGCUUGGCGGCGCCAGCGUCGCUCCAGGUGGCGCCCUCGAAAGCAAGCGGCCACGCAGCAGGCUGGGCGGCGGCGACUGGCGGCAUUGACAGCGACGGCAUUCGAGUCUCGGAGGUUCAAUAUGGCGGAGGACCGGCUGGACCCGGACUUGAAAUUCCUGUCCGUGGACAGGAACACGUUCAGCGACCCAGCGACGCAGGCCGAAUGGACGCAAAAGCGACUGGUAUGGGUGCCCCACGAGAACCACGGCUUCGUGUCCGCGUCCAUCAAGGGCGAACGCGGCGACGAAGUCGAGGUCGAGAUCGUCGAAACGUCCAAAAGAUGCUUUGUGGCCAAGGACGACAUCCAGAAGAUGAACCCGCCCAAGUUCGACAAAGUGGAGGAUAUGGCCGAACUGACGUGUCUCAACGAGGCCUCCGUUCUGCACAACAUCAAGGACCGCUACUAUUCGGGACUCAUAUACACUUAUUCAGGACUCUUCUGCGUGGUGGUCAACCCAUAUAAGAAACUGCCCAUUUACACGGAAAACAUCAUGGAGAGGUAUAAGGGCAUCAAGAGGCACGAGGUGCCGCCCCACGUAUUCGCCAUCACAGACAACGCUUAUCGCAGCAUGCUGCAAGAUCGUGAGGACCAAAGUAUUUUGUGCACGGGAGAGUCUGGCGCUGGCAAAACGGAAAACACGAAAAAAGUGAUCCAGUAUUUGGCCUACGUGGCCGCUUCAAAGCCCAAGGGCUCAUCGGCGGCGCCGCACACGCCAUUCUCGAGGAGGACAAUUUUAGGAGAACUUGAGCAGCAGCUGUUGCAAGCGAACCCCAUUCUUGAGGCCUUCGGUAACGCCAAGACUGUUAAGAACGAUAACUCUUCCCGAUUCGGCAAAUUUAUUCGAAUCAACUUCGACGCGAGCGGCUAUAUUGCCGGAGCGAACAUCGAGACGUACCUUUUGGAAAAGUCUCGAGCAAUAAGACAGGCUAAGGAUGAACGCGCUUUCCACAUUUUUUAUCAACUCAUCAGCGGAGCCUCGGCUGAACAAAAGAAAGAUUUCUUACUCGAUGACGCAAAAUCGUAUUCCUUCUUGACGCAUGGCCCCCUGCCGCUGCCUGGCUGGGACGACUCCGGCGAAUUCAAGGCUACAUGCCAGGCCAUGGGUAUCAUGGGCAUGAACCCAGAAGACAUUGCUUCCAUUUUGAAAAUCGUGUCUGCAACGAUCCUCUUCGGGAACAUGAAAUUCAAGCAGGAGAGAAACUCGGACCAGGCCACCUUGCCUGAUAACACAGUUGCUCAGAAACUGGCUCAUCUGCUCGGCCUCCAGGUUACCGAAAUGACCAAAGCUUUCCUGAAGCCCCGCAUCAAGGUUGGUCGCGAUUUUGUGACCAAGGCUCAAACCAAGGAGCAGGCAGAGUUUGCGAUUGAAGCCAUCAGCAAGGCCUGCUACGAGCGCAUGUUCCGCUGGUUGGUCAACCGGCUCAACAGGUCCCUGGACAGAACCAAAAGACAAGGUGCCUCGUUCAUCGGCAUCCUCGAUAUGGCUGGCUUUGAAAUCUUUGAGCUCAACUCUUUUGAGCAGCUCUGCAUCAACUACACCAACGAAAAGCUGCAGCAGUUGUUCAACCACACCAUGUUCAUCCUUGAGCAAGAGGAGUACCAGCGUGAAGGCAUUGAGUGGAAAUUCAUUGAUUUCGGACUCGACUUGCAACCCACCAUUGACCUCAUAGACAAGCCGAUGGGUAUAAUGGCGCUGCUGGAUGAGGAGUGCUGGUUCCCCAAGGCCACGGACAAGACCUUCGUGGAAAAGCUCAUCGGAACCCACUCAGUCCACUCAAAGUUCAUGAAGACCGACUUCCGAGGCAUUGCCGACUUCGCCAUCGUGCACUACGCUGGCAAGGUCGAUUAUAGUGCCGAGAAGUGGCUCAUGAAGAACAUGGACCCUCUGAACGAGAACGUUGUUUCUCUCCUCCAGGCCUCGCAAGAUGCGUUCGUGGUGCAAAUUUGGAAGGACGCCGAAAUUGUUGGCAUGGCCCAGCAGGCGAUGUCGGAAGGAACACAGUUUGGUGCCCGCACAAGGAAGGGCAUGUUCCGCACUGUUUCCCAGUUGUACAAGGAGCAGCUGGCCAAGCUGAUGGUGACUCUUCGCAACACAAACCCCAACUUUGUCCGUUGUAUUAUCCCGAAUCACGAGAAACGGGCUGGCAAAAUUGACGCGCCUCUGGUGCUCGACCAGUUGAGGUGCAAUGGUGUGCUUGAGGGCAUCCGCAUUUGCAGACAGGGCUUCCCAAACAGGAUUCCAUUCCAGGAGUUCAGGCAACGAUAUGAAUUGCUCACCCCCAACGUGAUCCCCAAGGGAUUCAUGGAUGGCAAGAAAGCAUGCGAAAAUAUGAUCCACGCUUUGGAGCUGGACCCCAAUUUAUACCGCGUGGGUCAGAGUAAAAUUUUCUUCCGUGCUGGAGUGCUGGCUCACCUUGAGGAAGAGAGAGACUACAAAAUCACAGAUCUUAUCGUCAACUUCCAAGCUUAUUGCAGAGGUUUCCUCGCCAGGAAAAACCACAUCAAACGCAUGCAACAGCUGAACGCGAUCCGCAUCAUCCAGCGCAAUUGCGCAGCGUACCUUAAACUGCGUAACUGGCAGUGGUGGCGCCUGUACACCAAGGUGAAGCCCCUACUGCAGGUGACCAAGCAGGAGGAGAAGCUGGUGCAGAAGGAGGAUGAGCUGAAGCAGGUGCGCGAGAAGCUGGAGUCCGAGCUGAAAGUGGCGAUGGAGUACCAGAGCAAGUUUGAGCAGGCUCUGGAGGAGAAGAACACGCUAGCCGAGCAGUUGCAGGCUGAGACGGAGCUGUGCGCAGAAGCCGAGGAAAUGCGCGCGCGUCUGGCAGCCAGGAAGCAGGAGCUGGAGGAGAUCCUGCACGACUUGGAAUCACGCAUUGAGGAGGAAGAGGAGCGCACCUUGCAGUUGGGCAACGAGAAAAAGAAAUUGCAGCUCAACAUUCAAGAUCUGGAGGAGCAGUUGGAAGAGGAAGAGGCCUCCAGGCAGAAGCUGCAGUUGGAGAAAGUAACUCUGGAUGCAAAGAUCAAGAAGCUGGAGGAGGAGGCCGCCGUGUCUGAAGACACGAACCAGAAGCUGCAGAAGGAGAAAAAGCUGCUGGAAGAGAGGGCCGCCGACCUCAGCCAGACCCUGGCCGAGGAGGAGGAGAAAGCCAAGCACCUGGCCAAGCUCAAAACCAAGCAUGAAUCCACCAUCAGCGAGCUGGAAGAGCGUCUUUUGAAAGAGCACUCAACGAGACAGGAAAUGGACAGGAGCAAACGUAAGCUCGACACUGAACUCCAAGACCUCAAGGAGCAGAUGACCGAACGUAAGGCUCAGGUCGAGGAGCUGCAACUGGUGCUGGGCAAGCGCGAGGAGGAGCUGGCCACCGCCAUGAUGCGCAUCGAUGAGGAGGCGGCCGGCAAGGCACAGAGCCAGAAGGCGCUGCGCGAGCUUGAGUCGCAGUUGACAGAGCUGCAUGAGGACCUGGAGGCGGAGAAGGCGGCCCGCGCCAAGGCCGAGAAGCAGAAGCGGGACCUGAACGAGGAACUUGAGGCUCUGAAGAACGAGCUGCUCGACUCGCUGGACACAACGGCCGCGCAGCAGGAGCUGCGGUCGAAGCGCGAGGCCGAGUUGCUGCAGUUGAAGAAGGGCUUGGAGGACGAGACGGCGUCGCACGAGACGCACCUGGCCGAGAUGCGGCACAAGCAUGGCCAGGAGUUAGCCGCGCUGCUCGAGCAGCAGGAGGUGCUGAAGCGCAAUAAGGCGGCCGCCGACAAGUCGCGUCAGCAACUCGAGGCCGAGAACGCCGACCUGGCCAUCGAGCUCAAGUCAGCGUCGGCCACCAAGCAGGAGAGUGAGCGCCGACGCAAGCAGGCCGAGGCACAACUGGCCGAGCUGGGCGCCAAGCUAUCGGACGCGGAACGCGUGCGUCAGGAGCUGGCCGAACGCACCAGCAAGCUGACCGCUGAGGCCGACUCGGUUGCCCAGCAGCUGAAGGAGGCAGAGCUGCGAGCCUCCGCGUCGGUCAAGGCCGCUUCCGCCAUGGAGGGCCAGCUGAGCGAGACGCAGGUGCUGCUCGAAGAGGAGACCAAGGCCAAACUGGCGCUCAGCUCUAAGCUCAGGCAGUUGGAGACCGAGAAGGAUGCGCUGCAGGAGCAGAUGGAGGAGGAGGAGCAGGCCAAGCGCAACCUCGAGAAGCAGGUGGCCGCGGCGGUCGCGCAGGCCCAGGAGGCGCGCAAGCGAGCCGACGACGAGGCCGAGAACGUGGUCACGCUCGAGGAGCAGCGCAAGCGGCUGGCCAAGGAGCUUGAGGCCAUGCAGAGGCUGGCUGAGGAGCUGCAGGCCGCCAACGACAAACUGGAGAAGUCGCGCAAGAAACUGCAGGCCGAGCUCGAGGACACCACCAUUGACCUUGAGGCUCAGCGUGGAAAGGUUGUCGAACUCGAGAAGAAGCAGAGGAACUUCGACAAAGUGCUCGCAGAGGAAAAGGCGGUAGCGGAGCAAAUCGCACAGGAGAGAGACAAUGCUGAGCGAGAAGCCAGGGAGAAGGAAACCAAGGUGCUUAGCCUAACGAGGGAACUCGAGGAAAUGAACGAAAGGGUCGAAGAGCUUGAGCGGGGCAAACGGAUGCUGCAGUCCGAGUUGGACGAGCUUGCCAACACCCAGGGUACUGCUGACAAAAAUGUGCACGAGCUUGAGAAGGCGAAGCGCGCGCUCGAGAUAAUGCUGACCGAGCAGAAGGCACAGAACGAGGAGCUGGAGGACGAGCUGCAGUUGACCGAGGACGCCAAGCUGCGUCUCGAGGUGAACAUGGAGGCGAUGCGCAAGCAGGCUGAACGCGACCUGCAGGCCAAGGAGGAACAGGCCGAGGAGAAGCGACGCGCGCUGGUCAAGCAGCUGCGCGACGUCGAGGCCGAGCUGGAGGACGAGCGCAAGCAGCGCACCGCUGCGGCCGUGUCGCGCAAGAAGCUCGAGUCGGACUACAGCGACCUCGAGCAGCACCUCGAGAUGGCCAACAAGAUCAAGGAGGACGCGCUGAAGCAGCUGAAGAAGCUGCAGGCGCAGGCCAAGGACUGGCAGCGCGAGGCCGAGGAAGCCCGCGCCGCCAGGGAUGACCUCGCCACUCAGGCCAAGGAGGGCGAACGCAAGGUCAAGGGGCUCGAGGCUGAACUUGCGCAAGUCACCGAGGACCUGGCCGCCGCUGAGAGGGCCCGCAGAGCGGCCGAGGCCGAGCGCGACGAGAUGGCCGAGGAGCUGGGCAGUAAUGCGUCCAGGGGAGGUGCCCUGCUCGACGAGAAGAGGCGUCUUGAGGCCAGGAUCACCGCCCUCGAGGAGGAGCUUGAGGAGGAACAAAGCAAUUCCGAGCUCUUCAUGGACAGGGCGAGAAAGGCGCAACUGUCUGUGGAGCAGUUGACCACCGAGCUGGCGGCCGAGAGGGGCGCGUCGCAAAAGCAGGAGAGCCAGCGCAUUUUGCUGGAGCGACAGAACAAGGAGCUGCGCGCCAAGCUGGCCGAGAUGGAGACGAACCAGCGCACCAAGACAAAGGCGACGGUGACCGCGCUCGAGGCCAAGAUCGUCAACCUGGAGGAGCAACUCGAGGUGGAGGCCAAGGAGCGGCUGGUGCAGCAGAAGGCCAGCCGCAAGCUGGACAAGCGACUCAAGGAGAUGGCGCUUCAGCUGGAAGACGAGCGGCGGCACGCGGACCAGUUCAAGGAGCAGGUGGAGAAGGUCAACGCCCGGGUCAAGGCGCUCAAACGCCAGCUCGACGAGGCUGAGGAGGAGAUCAGCCGCGAGAAGGCGCAGAGGAGGAAGGCACAGCGCGAGAUGGAGGACAUGGGCGAGAGCCACGAGGCCAUGACCAGGGAGAUCAACAAUCUCAAGAACAAACUGAGGAGGACCGGAGGACUGGGAGGACUGAGCAGUUCAAGACUGGGAGGCACUAAGAGAGGUUCCAUUCAGGCGGGUGGAAGCGACGACUCUAUGGCUGCGCCCAGCCAAGAUGAAUCAGUGGAUGGCGAGGAAGCGUCCAACUAAGAAGUGAUUUUGCAUUCCCGUGUCUUUUGUAUUUAAAUUUACAUCGAUAACCGUUCAAUUACCCAUCAGUUAUUAAUUAUGUUAAUUGACUAACAGGGGCAAUAAAUAUUCACAUUUGCAUUAAAAUAUACAAAA